AGUCUGUCAUACAGGGACAUCACCCUACAGCAGUUCAGGCUGUGUGGUUCGCAGGAAGUAUACAUUUGGCUUUUUUGGUUUUUCGAGUUCCCAGUCCAUAGUUGGGCAGGAUCUAACAGUAGCCUUCAACUGAAGCGAGACCCAAGAACAGUGAGAAGCUGGGUCCGAAUCCGGAGUCCUGCCCGCCUGACAUGGGAAUCUUCCCAACGACCAAGGCCCUGCAGAUGACACCAGGAAAGCAGUGAUCCAGGCAGGACCAGUUUGUCCCUACAGGACAUAGAAAUGGAGGCAAACGACCAUUUUAACUUUACUGGCCUUCCUCCUGCACCAGCUGCCUCAGGACUGAAACCCUCUCCUUCCUCAGGGGAGGGCCUCUACACUAACGGGUCUCCCAUGAACUUCCCACAGCAAGGGAAAAGUUUGAAUGGGGAUGUGAAUGUUAAUGGCUUAUCUACUGUAUCUCACACUACUACUUCAGGGAUUUUGAACUCUGCUCCCCACUCCUCUAGCACCUCACACCUCCAUCACCCUAAUGUGGCCUACGACUGUCUUUGGAACUACUCACAGUACCCAUCUGCCAAUCCUGGCAGCAACCUCAAGGACCCACCCCUUCUUUCUCAGUUCCCUGGGGGACAAUACCCGCUCAACGGUAUCCUUGGGGGCAGCCGACAACCUUCAUCCCCAAGUCACAACACUAAUCUUCGAGCUGGGAGCCAAGAGUUCUGGGCCAAUGGUACCCAGAGUCCGAUGGGGCUUAACUUCGACUCACAGGAGCUGUAUGAUUCUUUUCCUGACCAGAAUUUUGAGGUGAUGCCCAAUGGACCCCCAAGUUUUUUCACCUCGCCACAGACUUCUCCAAUGUUGGGGUCUAGUAUCCAGACCUUUGCACCUUCCCAGGAUGUAAGCAGUAACAUCCAUCCUGAUGAGACAGGAGAAAAGGAACUGACUUCAGUUGUAGCAGAAAACGGCACUGGCUUGGUAGGCAGCCUGGAGCUGGAGGAAGAACAGCCAGAACUGAAGAUGUGUGGCUACAAUGGUUCUGUCUCCUCUGUGGAGUCUUUACACCAAGAAGUCUCCGUCCUGGUCCCUGAUCCCACAGUGAGCUGUCUAGAUGAUCCUUCACAUCUUCCUGAUCAACUGGAAGACACUCCAAUCCUCAGUGAAGACUCUCUCGAGCCUUUUGACUCUCUGGCAACAGAGCCAGUCAGUGGCGGGCUUUACGGUAUGGACGACACAGAGCUGAUGGGUGCAGAAGACAAGCUGCCACUGGAGGGCAACCCUGUGAUCUCGGCCCUCGAUUGCCCUUCUCUCAGUAAUGCUAAUGCCUUCAGUCUCCUGGCUGACGACAGCCAGACAUCAGCCUCCAUCUUUGUCAGCCCCACCUCCCCACCCGUCUUAGGGGAUUCUGUCUUGCAAGAUAACAGCUUUGGACUUAACAGUGGCAGUGACUCUGAACAGGAAGAAAUGGAGACCCAGUCUUCAAACUUCCAACGUCCCCUGACUGAGCCAGCCCCUGACCAGCCACCUAGUAUUCAACUACAUCCAGCAGUCUCACCAACAGCCUCCCCAGUAGCCUCCUUGACAGCAUCUGCAGAAAUCUCUCCAGCUGUCUCUCCAGUAGCAUCCUCGCCUGUCCCUCCUGAAGUCUUUGCAGCAGUCUCUCCAGCUUCCUCACCUGCUCUCCCAACUAUCUCUUUGGAAGCUUCUAUGACAACUCCAGUAACUUCUUCUCAAGGUUCCCCUGAACCUGCUCCAGCAGCUGCCUUCCAGACAGUCUCCCCAGGAAGUAAAGAUGUCAGCAAUGCCCCUGAAGCUUGUGCUGAUCGGGAAGAGAUGACUGGAGACGUAGUCGCAGUCUCUGGUAGUGGGGAUGUACUGAAGAGACGUAUUGCUACCCCAGAAGAAGUUCGUCUUCCCCUCCAGCAUGGGUGGCGAAGAGAAGUACGCAUCAAGAAGGGCAGCCAUCGGUGGCAGGGGGAGACUUGGUAUUAUGGCCCCUGUGGGAAGAGAAUGAAGCAAUUUCCAGAAGUUAUCAAGUACCUGAGCCGAAAUGUGGUGCACAGUGUCCGCCGUGAGCACUUCAGCUUCAGUCCCCGCAUGCCUGUUGGAGAUUUCUUUGAAGAAAGAGAUACACCAGAGGGUGUGCAGUGGGUCCGGUUAUCAGCAGAGGAGAUUCCUUCCAGAAUUCAAGCAAUCACUGGCAAACGAGGCCGACCUCGGAACAAUGAGAAGGCUAAGAGCAAGGAAGUUCCCAAAGUGAAGCGGGGCCGAGGUCGGCCUCCUAAGAUCAAAAUGCCUGAGCAGACGAAUAAAGCAGAUAGCCGGCUUCCAAAGAAACUGGAAACCCAAGAAAUACUGAGUGAGGAGGAUAAAGCAAAAAUGACUAAAAGCAAAAAGAAGAUGAAGCAGAAGGGACAGCGUGGAGAGAGUCAGACUCCUGUCCAAGGGCAGCACAAGCAGAGGUGCUUUCAGAGUCAUUUGAGGAGAAAUGACUUCCCUUAUGGUUUACAGGCCAGAAACAAGAGGAAGCAAGACACCAAGAACUUAAAGCAGAAGGACACUAAGAAGAAAUUCAAGGCUGAGAAAGAGAAGAUGAAGACAAAGCAGGAGAAGCCAAAGGAAAAGGUAAAGAGGGAAAAGAAGGAAAAAGUAAAAGUGAAGGGAAAGGAAGAGCCCAGAGCCAGGCCGUCCUGUCGAACCGCUGCACAGAGGCGGCUGGAGGAGCAGCAGAGGCAGCAGGCUAUCUUGGAGGAGAUGAAGAAGCCCACAGAGGAUAUGUGUCUGGCUGACCACCAGCCCCUGCCCGACUUCACACGCAUCCCUGGUUUAACACUGUCCAGUAGGGCUUUCUCAGACUGCUUGACCAUCGUGGAGUUCCUGCACAGUUUUGGCAAAGUGCUGGGCUUUGACCUUACCAAAGACAUUCCUAGUCUAGGAGUGCUGCAGGAGGGACUCUUAUGUCAAGGCGACAGCUUGGACAAAGUGCAAGACCUGCUGGUGCGGCUCCUGAAGGCUGCACUCCAUGAUCCUGGCCUGCCUCCCUACUGUCAGUCCCUGAAAAUCUUGGGGGAGAAGGUGUCGGAGAUCCCGUUGACCAGAGACAAUGUGUCUGAGAUCCUGCGCUGCUUCCUCAUGGCAUACAGAGUGGAGCCAUCCUUCUGCGACAGCCUGCGUACCCAGCCUUUCCAGGCCCAGCCCCCUCAACAGAAGGCUGCGAUUCUCGCCUUCCUUGUGCAUGAGCUCAACGGUUCCACCAUUAUCAUCAAUGAGAUUGACAAGACUCUGGAGAAUAUGUCCAGCUACAGGAAAAACAAAUGGAUUGUUGAAGGCCGACUCCGGAGACUGAAAACUGCUCUGGCCAAGAGAACUGGGCGGCCUGAGGUUUUGAUGGAAGGGGCAGAAGAUGGCCUGGGACGGAGGCGCAGCUCUCGGAUCAUGGAGGAAACCAGUGGCAUAGAAGAGGAGGAAGAGGAGGAAAGUACGGCAGCGAUCCAUGGUCGCAGGGGUCGAAGAGAUGGAGAGGUUGAUGUUGUGGCAUCCAGCAUUCCAGAGCUAGAGCGCCAUAUAGAAAAACUCAGUAAGCGUCAGCUCUUCUUUAGAAAAAAGCUGCUUCACUCAUCACAGAUGCUUCGGGCAGUGUCCUUGGGUCAAGACCGCUAUAGACGCCAUUACUGGGUAUUACCAUGUCUUGCUGGUAUCUUUGUGGAAGGAUCGGAGGGGAGCACAGAUACUGAAGAUGAAAUAAAGCAAGAAACUGAGUCCUUGAUGGAAGCAGUCACUUCAACACCCCGCUCUGCCCGAGUCUCUGUAAAGAGGGAGUCAGUUGGCUCUAACACCUCUACUUCUCCGGGCCGGUCCCGAGGCCGGCCUCGAAAACCUAAGCCUGGGUCUGUGCAGCCUCAGCACCUUAUGUCCACCAUCGGGGAACAUGAUUCAGAACAAGCCCAGACUCAAGCUCACCCUGGACCUCAGCCUCAGCCUCAGGCCCCUACCCAGCCCCAUCUUCAGUCCAGUAGCGGGUUCCUAGAGCCAGAAGGUUCCCCUUUCUCUCUGGGUCAGAGCCAGCAUGACCUCAGCCAGUCUGCCUUCCUGUCUUGGCUGAGCCAGACUCAGAGCCACAAUUCCCUACUGAGUAGCUCAGUCCUCACGCCUGAUAGCAGCCCAGGAAAAUUAGACUCUGCUCCAUCUCAGUCCCUGGAGGAGCCAGAGCCUGAUGAGGCACAAUCCUGCCGUGGGCCUCAAGGUCCCUGGUUCAACUUCUCAGCCCAGAUACCCUGUGAUGCUGCUCCUACACCACCCCCUGCAGUUUCUGAAGACCAACCUACUCCCUCCCUCCAGCUGCCUGCCUCCUCUAAACCAAUGAACACACCUGGUGCUGCCAAUCCUUGUUCCCCAGUGCAGCUCUCUUCCACCCACUUGCCUGGAGGGGCCCCUAAGAGGCUAUCAGGGGACUCUGAAGAAAUGCCACAGAGUCCCACAGGGCUGGGACAACUAAAGCGGAGAGGGAGACCUCCUAGCAAGUUCUUCAAGCAGGUGGAGCAGCAUUACUUAACCCAGCUGACAGCCCAGCCUAUCCCCCCUGGUGAGCAAGCUUGGCUAGGACAGGGCAAGCAUGGAGACAUGUGCUCAGGCUGGUGGUGGAUCCGAGAUCCUGAGACACUGGAUGUCCUGCUCAAGGCACUGCAUCCCCGAGGCAUCCGGGAGAAGGCUCUUCACAAACAUCUCAGCAAGCACAAGGACUUUUUGCAGGAAGUUUGUUUACAGCCCUUAACUGAUCCCAUCUUUGAGCCUAAUCAGCUGCCUGCCUUGGAAGAAGGAAUUAUGAGCUGGUCCCCCAAAGAGAAAACUUACGAAACAGACCUGGCUGUGCUUCAGUGGGUGGAGGAGCUAGAACAACGGGUUGUCCUCUCGGAUCUACAGAUCCGGGGCUGGACAUGCCCUAGCCCAGACUCCACCAGAGAAGACUUGACCUACUGUGAGCAUCUGCCUGAUUCCCAGGAGGAUAUCCCUUGGAGGGGUCGGGGCAGGGAAGGAACAGUACCUCAGCGGCAGAACACCAACCCUCUGGACCUGGCUGUGAUGCGAUUGGCUGUUCUGGAGCAAAAUGUAGAGCGGCGGUACUUGCGGGAGCCCCUCUGGGCGGCCCAUGAGGUGGUAGUGGAGAAGGCCCUACUGAGCACGCCCAAUGGUGCCCCUGACAGCACCUCAACUGAGAUAUCCUAUGAGAUCACCCCUCGUGUCCGAGUCUGGCGGCAGACACUUGAGAGGUGCCGUAGUGCAGCCCAAGUGUGCUUGUGUGUGGGCCAGCUGGAAAGGUCCAUCGCGUGGGAGAAGUCUGUCAACAAGGUGACCUGCCUGGUCUGCCGGAAGGGUGACAAUGAUGAGUUUCUCCUGCUUUGUGAUGGGUGUGACCGAGGCUGCCACAUUUAUUGUCAUCGGCCCAAGAUGGAGGCUGUUCCAGAAGGAGACUGGUUCUGUGCUGUCUGUCUGGCCCAGCAGGUGGAGGAAGAAUACACUCGGAGGCCUGGUUUUCCAAAACGAGGCCAAAAGCGGAAAAGUAGUUUUCCACUGACCUUCACAGAAGGUGACAGCCCGCGCCGGCGGCGACGGAUGUUGUCAAGGAGCCGAGAAAGCCCAGCAGUGCCUCGGUACCCAGAAGACAGGCUGUCUCCCUCCAAAAGACGGCGACAUUCAAUGAGAAGCCACCACAGUGAUCUCACAUUUUGCGAGAGUAUCCUGAUGGAGAUGGAGUCCCACGAUGCAGCCUGGCCUUUCCUGGAGCCUGUGAACCCUCGCUUGGUGAGUGGAUACCGACGUGUCAUCAAGAACCCUAUGGAUUUUUCCACCAUGCGAGAACGCCUGCUCCGUGGAGGGUACACUAGCUCAGAAGAGUUUGCAGCUGAUGCCCUGCUGGUUUUUGACAACUGCCAGACCUUCAAUGAGGAUGACUCUGAAGUGGGCAAGGCUGGGCACAUCAUGCGCCGCUUCUUUGAGAGUCGCUGGGAGGAAUUUUAUCAGGGAAAACAGGCCAAUCUGUGAGGCAAGGAAGGUGGGAGUCACCUUAUGGCAUCUCCUCCAACCUUCCAAACAAAAGCCUGCCGUUCUCACCUGCUGAUGGCUGCCCUGGGUGGACUCAAGUCAGGCAGUGCUGAUUUUUGAUUCUGCCCUUGGCAGCACCCACACCCUCUUGUUCCUAAUCCCUUUUCUCCUUUCCUCCUCUUGCUCCUCAAAUAAGAGAUGCAGAGAUGAGGUCCUUCUGGAUGGAAAGCCAAAAAAGAAAGAAUUUUCCUGGUUUUUUCCCCAAAUUAAAAUGGAGAGAGACAAAGAAGUCCUCCCUCCCCUUCCCAGUUUCCUCCCCUCCCUGUACACGCCUCAGCAUCCUGGGGCUACUUAACAAUAGCAAUAGUUCUAGUGAAUGUGUGAAACCGAGAAACACUCUGUACUGUGUGCGGACCCGCAGUGACGGCCAGUAAAGUGGACUUAACUCCCGAGUGUGUCGAGCCGACACCGGGCCCUGAACAUGCUGCUUCCAUGUUCAGUCCCUCCCUGCUUCUCCCCUCCUCUCGCUCAUUCUUUUCUAACUCCUCCUCCCUAUUUUUAAGGUUUUGUCCUACCCAGUAAUGUAAAACUAUCGUGUACGGGUUCUUCCUCCCCAGUCUUUCUCCCUUAUGUGGAAAACAAAGUUCCCUGUCUUUCUGUCCUCAUCUUCUGCCGAUAGUUAACCCUCUACGGUGUUGGUUCCUCCUCCCAUGCUGAGUUUCUGUGAGUCUCUAGCCUUUUCUGAAGCUCAGUGGCUGGGGAGUGGGCAGGCAGGCAGCGCCCUUCCCCUGCUUCCCAGACCUCCCUCUUGGGAACUCCUCAGGGACAACUACUGCUGAGUUUGAGUGCUCCUCCGAGAUGGGGACCAGGUAGCAAUUGACUGGCCUCGGAGAGAGGAGAGAGAGGUGGGUGCGUGUGUGUGUGUGUGUGUGUGUGUGUGUGUGUGUGCGCGCGCGUGUGCGCGCGCGCGCGCGCGCGCAUGAGAAUUGUAAUUGUGAUCCUGUAGUGUGAUGGGACCCAUUGUUCCCCACAUGUGUUCACUCCUGCCUUCCCAUUGUUCCACACCAUCACCUUUUGUCUUUGGGAAAACACAGGAACUAUUUGGGGACAAGGCUGUCUCUCCUCAUGGUCAUUUCUUUUCCAGCCUCUUCAAAGUGUGCAAUCUUUUCAGCAGGAACUCUCUCUCUCCUCUCACUAGCUUUGAGUCUUGAGUUUUUGCUGGGAGAGGGGUAGAACUGGAUCUUUACUAAACCAUGAGUAUCUGGGUUUGGCUGUGUUUUCCUUCAUCAUACCUACUUCAUAUCCCAGGACCCCUUUCUUCCCCAGCAGCAGAGACCCUGGAGCACAGGAUGGGCAGAGAGGAGUAUCUGGGUCUACCACUGCCCUGUGUGUGACUAAGCCAGGUUAGCCCGCAGCAUGAGAGGACAGCUGCUAACUCCGAGCUGUAGCCAUGGGCCACUGGCCCUGCUCUCCUGCUCAGCCGAGCCCCUCCCAUCAGAAAUUACGGGUACUUGCACUGGGGAGGUGGCUGCUAGCUGGCCUGCGCAGAGAGCUGAGGCAUCCAAGCAAUGUGGUGGGUGGGUGGAGGGUGCCAGGUGAGGUGUAGCAUUCCUUGUACUCCAGCAGUACUGAAGGGUGGGGCAGCGCAGGUUCCUGGGCAGCCCUGACCCCUCAACCCACCCUCACCGCACUCCUGUUGCCUAUUUCUAAAGUCGCCUUUUCUGUCGAUGAACCUCAAAACUUAAUUUUAUUUGAGAUUUUUUUCUUUUAAAUAAGAGGUGGAUUGAAGAAUAUUUGAAUUGACUUUAUAUUAUGCAUAAAUAUUUAUAUUUUAUCUAAAUAACUGCGCUGUAACAAACUAUGUGUUAGUCAGAUGUUUGGAACUGUUUCCCCUGGCAUAAAAUGUACUGGAGUCAUUCGUUAUUGGAGGUGAGGCAGGAGGGAGAGUGGAGCCUCGGCCCUGCCUUGUGCUCCUCUCCCGGCCCACCUCUGCCCCUGGGGACCAGGCGCUCUGAAGGAGGAGGUCCCAGACUUGAUUUGAAGAAAUGGGGGCAGAAGGGAUUGUGGGGCAGGACGUGAUCAAAGGGGCCAUUUCUUUCUUUUCUUUCCUCAUCUUCACCGCCCCUUGAGCUAGGUGGAUUUUUCUCUUGUUGACAAAGAGUAUUUGGUAGGGAAAGCAGGUUAAAAAUAAAGACAGCCCUCCCUUGCCCUUUGUGUCCCCUCCCCGGUGACAGCAAGAAACCAGUUUCCAUGUUCCUUUUACAACAAAAGGGACUUUUUAUAUAACCAAAUGUGGUGUUUUAGUGACUUUUUGAUAAUGUACAGUUUUUUGUGAAUUUAAAUUUAUUUCUUUCUAUAUUUUUAGGACCAAUCUCAUUUUUAAUAAGGUUUAAAAAAAAGGAAAAAAAAUCUAGAGAAAAAAAACUCGUUUUUUGCCAUGUGAUGUUCCACAGGUGCAGCUGUAGAAAAGUGCUUGUCAUGGAAUAAAAACCACAUUUGAUAAAGA